AUAAAAGGGUGCCAAGAAGCUGGGACGAGGGAACGUGGGUGUAAAUAGACAGUGAACGCUCUUGGUCUCUCUCUCUCCCUCUCCCUCACCCUUCUCUUUUCUCUCUGUCUCUCUUUUAUGAAAUCAAUGAACGAGUUAUUGGGUAGGACAUAAAUAUAAGGAAUCAAAGCCUCCACCGGGACCAACAGCAUUGCGCGCUUUUUGAUAUGCGUCUUCGCCAAAUGCUACAUGUGUUUUCAUAUCAGUGUAAAUAUUGGCUUUGAGCGGACGAGAGUGGAAUCGGCUCUGGCACGGCUUGGUCUCGGAACCAAAUUUUGACCAAGACUUUCACCAGCUUUUCAUUUUUUUCAACGUUAAACGAUUCUCCACCAUCACCAACUGCUGCUGUUUGUACCCAUCCCAACUCACUGGCCGGUCUGAAGAUGGCAACUUUAACCAACGGGCAGGUGGACGGCUCGGUGCACGGUGUGGUCUCCAACACGAACGGGCUCGUGAACGGAUUAAGCCACAGCCACAGUCCGGUGGGCUGCCCGGCCACCAUCCCCAUGAAGGACCACGAUGCCAUCAAACUCUUCAUCGGUCAGAUCCCCCGCAACCUGGACGAGAAGGACCUCCGGCCCCUCUUCGAGGAGUUCGGCAAGAUCUACGAGCUCACUGUGUUGAAGGACCGCUUCACGGGCAUGCACAAAGGCUGUGCCUUCCUCACCUACUGUGCCAGAGAGUCGGCCCUGAAAGCCCAGAAUGCAUUGCACGAGCAGAAGACCCUGCCUGGGAUGAACAGACCAAUCCAGGUGAAGCCAGCAGACAGCGAGAGUCGAGGAGAAGACAGAAAGCUCUUUGUUGGCAUGCUCAACAAGCAGCAGUCAGAAGAUGACGUGCGCCGCCUUUUCGAGUCCUUCGGCAGCAUCGAGGAAUGCACCAUCCUCAGAGGUCCCGACGGAAACAGCAAAGGCUGUGCGUUUGUAAAAUACUCUUCUCAUGCUGAAGCUCAGGCCGCCAUCAGUGCGCUACACGGCAGCCAGACAAUGCCUUGUGUGCAUGUGUGGGCGGGUGGAUGGGUUGGUGCACAGGGUGCGUCAUCCAGUCUGGUGGUGAAGUUCGCCGACACGGAUAAGGAGCGCACCAUCCGCCGCAUGCAGCAGAUGGCCGGUCAGAUGGGCAUCUUCAACCCUAUGGCCCUGCAGUUUGGAGCCUACGGAGCCUACGCUCAGCCCCUCUCCACCACUGUGCAGGUGCAGCAGCAGGCAGCACUGAUGGCGUCUGUAGGUCAGCAAGGCUACCUCAGUCCGAUGGCGGCCUUUGCUGCUGCCCAGAUGCAGCACAUGGCGACCAUGAAUGGCAUCCCAGGAGGACCGAUGACCCCGACGUCAGGUGGCAGUACCCCUCCAGGCAUCAACGCCCCCACAGUGACCAGCAUCCCCUCCCCCAUUAGUGUAAAUGGUUUUACUGGCAUGCCGCCUCCCCAGGCAAACGGGCAGCCUCCCGCAGAGGCUGUCUUCACCAACGGGAUACACCAUUACCCUGUGUUGCAGGAGUUGGUUUUUAGGGAGGACUCGGAGAAAAACGGAUUGGGCGUGGCUCCACGGAGUUGUUUUGGGGUUCAGGGUGGCUGCUUCCUGUCCUCUCUCUCUGAAGCUCAAAGUCCCACUGCAGCUGAUCCUCUCCAGCAGGCUUACACAGGAGUCCAGCAAUAUGCAGCAGCCUACCCCGCUGCAUACGGCCAGAUCAGCCAAGCCUUCCCCCACCCUCCACCCAUCAUUCCUCAGCAGCAACGAGAAGGACCAGAGGGUUGCAACCUGUUCAUCUACCACCUCCCUCAGGAGUUUGGGGAUGGAGAGCUGAUGCAGAUGUUCCUGCCUUUCGGUAAUGUCAUCUCCUCCAAAGUGUUUGUGGAUCGGGCGACAAACCAAAGUAAAUGCUUUGGGUUUGUCAGCUUCGACAACCCAGGCAGUGCCCAAGCUGCCAUCCAAUCAAUGAACGGCUUCCAGAUCGGCAUGAAAAGACUCAAGGUGCAGCUGAAGAGGCCAAAGGACGCCAACCGCCCCUACUAGCCCCCCGCCCCAGCCAGCCGCCACACCCCUGGCGGCCGGGGCAGCAGUCGCACACAGGGAAAGACAGGUUUUGUUGAGCUGAAUCAUAUGUUGACUUCUUGCUACCCGCCACUGAGUGCAAACUCGACAUCCGGACCACUGAGGCUGCUUCAGAAAAACAGAGGAGAGAGAGAGAAAACGAUGACCGAGUCAAGGACGCCUCCUUUUGGAUGUACUAAAACUUUGGAACUCAGAGAGAAUUUGUACCAGCCUGGUUAGCCCCAGGACCUUUUUUCUUCUGCACACAUAUACACACCUCUUCCCCCCACAAAACCCUGCUUGAAUGACAGCUACCUUUUUUCUGGACCACAAAAAGACUUUUACUUGAACAAUGAGGAGAACAAAAACAGUAAGAGUAACUCGAUCAAACCUACUUACAAUGACCAACCCUACUGAACUCUUAAAGGGAAUACGGAUGUCAAAAGUCCAACAAGAACAAAAACUUUUUAAAAACUGAGUAGAAGAUUGCCGUAGGAGAUCUUUCCGUAAGAUGGUUUGAGUUUGGGGCAAUUGACUUUUGAAGACCAAUUUAUAAGACUUGAAACGCGAAGGGACAAGAAAUUCUCGGCGAGAGAACUUAAGUAGGGAAUGUGAUAUUUUCAGGACACAAAUUGGCUUCGAUUUGGGAUGGCCAUCUUUAGCUCGGAGUGCCUGUCCGUUUCCAGGGGAUACCGUUGCCAAGGAGAGCCAUAGCAACGGUCUCCAGGGAGUCUUACCUGUCAUUCCUUAGUUGUUUUAGGGACCAAAAGACCAAACGUUUUUAUUGCUGAGGACUUGUAGCUCUAAUAUACUCGGACCACUGCAUCUCCUUCAGUCAGUGUAUACUGGUUGGGGAGUUGCACUUAAAAGAAGUGUACAUUUCGAAUAUAUACAACACAUGUAUAUAUACAUAUAUAUUGCUGAUAUGCUUUUUUGAAUACAGGCAAAACUAUUUCAGAUGACCAAAUGGGGUCUCUCACUUCGCUAGUUUACAAUUACUCAAAAUGUUUAUUUUUUUCUCUUCUCAUUUUGUCUUGGGAGGGAUGGCGAGUGCAUGGGAGGGGCUGCUCCGUAUCACAGCCUUAUCUUUUUUAACUUGACAUCCUAACCUCAUAGAUAGAAUAACAUCAGAAACGUUUGAAAUAUAUGAACUUGUUUAUAUUUGCAGUACAUAUAUAUGUAUAACAAGCAUUCAAGCAAAUGUAUUCAUAUAUACAGUCUAUAUGGAUAAAUAGAUAUUAAUCACAAACAAAUAUAUGUAUUUAUAUGCACAUAUUUUAUAUAUGUGUGUCUGUAUAUAGAACGGCUACUGACUAUGUUGAGCUGUAAUUUUUUGUAGAUUUUAGCUGGAGUUUGAAACAUUGCUCUGCUUGGGAAGAAUCGCAAAUCUGGCAGCUCCCAAAACUGCAGGCAUUCCUAUCUCUGAUUAACUAUAUGCUGACACACGAUAUAUUGCUAAACGAUACAUGUGUGAGGAUGCACACAUGGUGUAAAUAUUAUCUGAAAAUGCAAAAAGCCACAUCUCAGUAGCAGGCUUUAAGAGAAUCAGGCUAAAUGAUUUUAGAGGAAAAGGACAAUUAUCUUCGACUCUAUUCCAAACAUAUCUUUUGAGCUUACACACACACACACACACACACACACACACACACAAACUUCUCUUUGAAACUUGAACCAAAAUGAAUACGUCUCACAACCCUUGCUCUCUUUUGCAUUCAGUAAAGUGCAUGUAGCGUAUGGGCUGUCACCAUGUCAAGGUGUGCCUUGUCACCUGCAGAAUCUGCCAUCAAGCACUGCUCUCAGAAAACAACGAAAGAAAAAAAAAAAAUUACUCAACACACACCACUGCAAGCAGCCAACGCGCUAUUAUGAUGUCAAAACUACAGCCAGAUCCAUAUCAUUUGUCAGCCGCCUAGAGAGCUUCAGUGCAUGUCCAAUGUUACAAACCACCAGACAGCUGUUGGCCAUCAAUGUCUCUUAAAAAAAAGCAUUUAGAAAUAAUCAUGCGAUUAUACUUCAAAUAAAAGCGGGCAUUAGGUAACCUGUUAGCACAGGUGCUAACUAUCAAAGCUGUGUGCUACUUUCCACUGGUUGGAGUCUAGGGUCAAUUUCAGGGUUGCGACUGACAUGACGUGUCUUGAUAUGAGAAGUGAUUGAGCUCAUCGGACCCGACAUUAGGUUUUAAUGGUUAUAAAAGUGAUGUAAUAUUGAUGAAUAUGCUCUAAUUAGAGCGCGGGCUUCCCAUUGAGCAGAAUAAGGGAGGGUUUUAUGUACUUUCACAUCCAGCAGUUAAUGUGUGGAUCUGCUGGUAAUACUUGACAUGAAGCAUGUCCUAGAAGAUGUUAUAUUGCCUUAUCCUCAUACAAUCAAAUAUAAAACAUAAAAGUAUAAUGAAACUGUAAAAUGAAGCAAUAAGAGUGAAAAGCCAUUUACCCAUUAGAACUGCUGUGCCACUGAGGCUGGUUUCAUAUUGCUUUAGCAUACAGUUUCUCAUAAAAGUCUACAAAAAUGGUAUGAACACUUACCAUACACCUGCAAAAGGUCAACGGACUUGGAUUUAUUGGUCCCCGCAUUCAACACAUAUUCAGCUGGUGGAGAUUAAUCAAUGAAUAUUUAUAUAUCUGAAUAUUUAUAAGGCUAUAUGACACUUUGGAAGACAAUGCUUCCUGUUGGGUGCUAUUACUAGUUUUUCCUAUAAAUUGCUCAUUAUGCCCUUUCCCUAGUGUCUGUGUGUAACCUUUUUAGCAGAUUGAAUCAUUUAACAUUUACCUUCCAAAUCCAGUGGGGCUAAAAGACGACACUCCACAUCCCAGGAUGCCACUGUUUGUAUAUGCCACAUAACAAGGCCCCCACUGUGGCGUCCAGUGUGAAACCAGUUGACCAUCGUGAUCAUUUUCACCCCGACAGUAGCCGCCGUUGGUUAGUACAAAACGUCCGGCUGCCUUUGAGCUAACAGUAACAUCCGGAGCUAAAUGUCAUGUGUCUGGUGUCCCUGAUCGCCACACUGUGCCCUCUUUGAGUGGCCCCUCGCAGCUCUGAGGAAAUUGAAAAAGGUGGUGGACACGGUCUGUGCUUUUUUAAUGGUUUGUUUGAGCAAUCACUCAUGCCUUUCACCUAGCCCAUGUUUUCAUGUUGAGGGAAGUGAGGGAGAGGAAGCAGAUCGACCGCGGGAACUAGAAAGCCAAUCACCUCUUCUUCAUUUUGCUCCGACUUAAAGCUGCAAGUUUACAUGAGAAAAGAAAAAACAAAGUAUUGUGGUUCAAAAACAACAAGAAACAGAGCAGAAGUUUGAAUAUAAAUAUAUAUAUAUAAAUAUAUACAUAAACCGAUGAAUAUACUGUAAAUUGUUUCCUUUUUUUGCUCUGUUUUCCUCUGUACAUAGGUUUGCAUAUUUUAUAGGACUUUUACUUCUAUCUACAAGGACUGGAUAAAGUACUUUAAAUACUUAAAAAAAUAUAUGAAUGAAAACAUGAUAAUGCUCAAUAAAACCAGGUACAAAAAAAAAAUAUUCGCUAGGAUACGGUACAAGCUGUAGGACCUGACCAAGGAAAUUUAUCCAGAAUACAGUCAGGGAGAGCAUUGACCUCAGUUAGAGCUUAGACACACAUUGACCUAUUUUAUAAAAUAAAAAAUACUUUGAUGGGUUCUAUUCAUUUAUCUAUUUGUUUAGAUAUUUAUUUAUAAGUCAUGUCCAAGAUAAUAUGCAUGCUUUCAUGGCAUUAUUUUUCUAUGAGUUGGUACGUGACCAAAUAGUUUUUAUAUGACAUGCAUGGGCCACUGCUGUGGUCCACCGAUGAUCAUCGCUCCUGUCUGCAGGACCAUGCCUUCAUGAAGGGGAAAACACGCUCCUAUUGACCAAUUGAUGUCAAAGACAGAUUUUUAAUCCUUUAUUUAUUUAUUUAUUUUGAGUUGAUGUAUUUAUUUAUUUAUUUGUGCCGUUUGAUUCAAGAUCUGAGCUCUCUUAUUGCCACUGAUCUGUUGCUUUGUAUCACUACAUCGCAUAUUACCAUUUCAAGCAACCUCCGAAUUUAACAACUUCAAAGACUGGUUUUACAUUUUCCUGUUGCUGAUUACCUAUUCAAAACAAUGCAGUACUAUACUAAAGCUUAUGUAUAUUUGUAAUUAUUAAUUUCAUAUUGUUCCUGUUCCUAAAAAAAAUUAGCUUUGUUAAAAGAUUGUUAACAAUGAGCAUUAGCUUCCAUUCUGAAACCUAGGUAAACUUUACAUAAUUACAACUGUCCAAUCAGACGUGUAAUCACAAGAACAUAUGCCUUGAGGUCACUAUGAGUUGCUGCUAAUAUACAGUAUAAAUGAGCUAAAGUCUGAUGAAGUCCUAAUCACUGAUUAACUGGCCUGAAACAAAAAAAACAUUUUAGAUUUGUUUUGAUUCCCCCUGCUCCCCUUUCUCCUCUUGCUUUGCAUUGUUUGACAGAGCUCUGAUCUUGUUCAACUGAUGUGUUCUAACAAGAGUAAAAAUUCAAUGAAAACUGCACUAUCUCAUCAGAAAUCGUUGAUUACUAUCAUUCUUUCUCAGUGCUGUUAUCAGUGGUUUUAUUUCUAAAGCGCAGUAGUAUUGCUAGAAUCACAUUUUCCUUCAUAUGGUUUUCAAAGUAUUCUGGAAAUCUAUUUCCCAAUUUCAGCACACACGGAGGGAGGGGAAAUGAAUGUUGCAUAAAGCUUUGCCGGGUUCCUGAUGAGCUAAGCUUCAUGAUUGGGCAGUGCGCUUUAGGCUCCCGCCCCUGUCUCUCUCCAGACUGCACCAUUCUCUGGUCCCCUGAACUCUUUUUUUGUAAUUUUAAAUGAAUGAUGCGUCUCAGCUUUAGCCCCAAUAAUAAAGCACAGUCUAGAAUAAAA